GAGAGGGGGAGAGAGGGACAAGGUAGGUUUGGUUUCCGUUCAUAUUGUCAUCUCCCACUCCCGCUGUUAAGCUUUCUCAUUUCUGGCUGUUCAUCAAACAUUGUUUUUACUGUAUCUUUGUUAAGACUUGGUCUCUCCCUCUCUCUGUCUUUCACAAUUCCGGAGUGAAAAUCCUCCCCUUGUGACAACUGUCACAAUUCGGGAGCUCUCCUCUUGUUAUUUCCUCUUUGUGUUCCUUGUCCUCAUCAAUCCCUCCCCCUUGAAAUCUAUAUAAAAGCACUUGCCAUCUUUGAAUCCUAUCAUGCACGAUCUUACUAGCCAACCAGUAAGUAUGAUUGAUUCAAGCCCACCUCUUCUUCACCAUUAUGGAGAGAUUUCACGCCUCCCACCUCAGAUUCCUACACCCGAACGCAGUGACCUCCCAGAUGGUAUUGUUCUCAUGGAAGAAUAUUGCCAACUCCCAUUGAUCGACCUCAGUUGUCUAAGUAGCACCAACGAAAAGGUGCGGCUAGCUUGUGCUGACGCUAUAUGCAGAGCUUCGUCGGAGUGGGGAUUCUUCCAAGUAGUGAACCAUGGUAUAAGCCCCGAGCUGGUUCGGAAUAUGAGGAGGGAACAAAUGAAGUUGUUUCAAACACCUUUUGAUAAAAAGGUGACCUGUGGGGUUUUGAACAACUCUUAUAGAUGGGGAACUCCAACAGCUACUUGUCCAAAGCAAUUCUCCUGGUCUGAAGCUUUCCACAUUCCUAUCUCAAAAGUUUUUGAGCAAGCUUGCUAUGGGGAGUUUAGCUCUUUAAGGGAAGUGAUGGUGGAAUUUGCAGCAGCAAUGUCAAAGCUAGCAAGGUUACUGGCUGGGGUCCUAGCGGAAAACUUAGGCCACCCAAGAGGAGUGUUUGAGAGCACUUGUCAAGAAAGCAAUUGUUUUCUUAGGUUGAAUCGUUACCCAGCCUGUCCAAUAUCAUCAGAGAUUUCUGGCUUAGUGCCCCACACUGAUAGCGAUUACCUAACAAUCCUCUCUCAAGAUGAAGUGGGAGGGCUACAACUCCUGAAAGAUUCAAAAUGGGUGGCUGUAAAACCCAAUCCAGAUGCUCUUAUAGUCAACAUCGGAGAUCUUUCCCAGGCAUGGAGCAAUGAUAUCUACAAGAGCGUGGAGCACAAAGUCACGGCAAAUCGAGAGAAGGAGAGAUACUCAAUCGCCUACUUUCUAUGCCCCUCUUACGACUCGUUGAUAGGCAGUUGCAGAGAGCCUUCUUCUAUAUACAGAAAAUUCACUUUCGGAGAGUACAGAAACCAAGUCCAAGAAGACGUCAAGAGAACAGGCCGUAAGAUAGGCCUUCCAAGAUUUCUACUUUAACACAUACCAUCCAUUAACAAAAUCUUCAGCCUUUAGGUAUCAAAACACAGCAUUCAAAGCAGCUGAAUAGAUAAGCAGGAAGAUGAUAUAUAUAUAUAUAAAAUGUAUGUAUUAUUCAUGUUGAAGUCAAGUCUGAUUCCGCCAGUAUGUGCAUUGAUGUAGUUAAGCCCAAUGAAAAUCUGCCACCCUUCAGUUUAUGGGAGACAUACAGACUCAAGUCUGCCGUUUCAGAAAUAGUUCGAUAGCCCAUUGUUCAAAAUCAUGUAGCCAAAUGGCCCAUCAACGGCCCGGUCUAUGAGUAAUUUUGUUGAUUGGAUUAAAGAGCCUCCCUAGAGAUGUCCUCUC